UAGUGGGAAACACGAUAGAAAACGGGCAGCUAUGCCGCGCGCUGCAGAACUCGAGCUGGAUGUGACUAACGGCCGGAGUAUCGGAGGACCGACACGCGGACCGGGAGGCUGCUGAGAGCCGUUAACGGACACUUUCUUCCCGGGGAUCGACUCCUCCUUAGGCCGACGAGCCGCUCCUCCUACUCCUCUUCCUCCUCCUCAGAGAGACUCCUCACAGUGCCAUGGACACCGUGUAGGAUCUGUCCGGUGUCCGUUAGUCGGUGGAGACUGAAUCAGUGAGCGGGGGCCGCGGAGGGGGGGGUCAGGAUGGUGGUGUUGUGGCCCCGUAGAGGAGGCUCGGCCCCGGACAGCUGUUUGCUUCGGACCGCCUGUCUGCAGCUGCUCCUCUGGAUCUUAUGUUCCGUUAACGGAGAGGAGCAACCGUUCAGUGUGGAGGCGUGGCUGCAGAGGUACGGUUACCUGCCUUCUGCAGACCCUCGGAUGUCUGUGCUGCGUUCUGCUCAGGUCAUGCAGUCUGCUAUCGCUGCCAUGCAGCGCCGCUACGGCCUCAAUGUGACAGGGCACCUGGACAGGAACACAAUAGAUGACAACACGAUAAGGUGGAUGAAGAGGCCCAGGUGUGGAGUCCCUGACCUGAUAGGAGGAUCGUCGAGGUUCAACGUGAGGAAACGACGGUACGCUCUGACUGGACAAAGGUGGCAGCACAAACACAUCACAUACAGCAUAAAAAAUGUGACGCCUAAAGUCGGGGCGGAGGAGACACACGACGCCAUCAGACGAGCAUUUGACGUUUGGCAGAAUGUGACACCGCUGCGUUUCGAGGCGUUGCCGUACAGCGAGCUGGAGAGGACAAAAAAAGACGUGGACAUAACCAUCAUAUUCGCCUCAGGUUUCCAUGGUGACAGCUCGCCGUUUGAUGGCGAGGGAGGCUUCCUGGCCCACGCCUACUUCCCAGGACCAGGGAUUGGAGGAGACACACACUUUGACUCAGACGAGCCGUGGACACUCGGAAACCCGAACCAUGACGGUAACGACCUGUUCCUGGUGGCGGUCCACGAGCUCGGACACGCUCUGGGACUGGAACACUCGAACGACCCGACAGCCAUCAUGGCUCCGUUCUAUCAGUACAUGGACACGGAGAACUUCAGACUGCCCAUGGACGAUCUGCUGGGGAUCCAGAAGAUCUAUGGUCCUCCUGAUAAACUCCCACAACCCACCAAACCUCUGCCCACAGCCCCUCCUCCUCGCUCCCUCCCCCCCUCAGACCCCCGUAAACCAGACAGACAGACGAGACCCCCCCGGCUGCCCCCAGGAGACAGACCGUCCCACCCCAACGCCAAACCCAACAUCUGUGAGGGGGGCUUCAACACACUCGCCAUCCUGAGGAGGGAGAUGUUCGUCUUCAAGGAUCACUGGUUCUGGAGGGUGAGAGAUAACUCCGUGAUGCCAGGGUACCCGAUGCUCAUAAACGUGUUCUGGAGAGGUCUGCCCCCGAAGAUCGACGCCGCCUACGAGAACAGCGAGGGAAAGUUUGUCUUCUUCAAAGGGAAACAGUUCUGGGUGUUUAAAGACACCGUGCUGCUGUCGGGGUACCCAAAGGACAUCUCUCAGUUUGGACCCGGCAUGCCAGCUCAGAGCAUCGAGACGGCCCUGUGGUGGGAGGACGUGUCCAAGACCUACUUCUUUAAAGGAGACAGGUACUGGCGUUAUAACGAGGAGAUGAGCACCAUGGACCCCGGCUACCCCAAACCCAUCUCCGUGUGGAGAGGCGUGCCCGACUCACCGCAGGGCGCCUUCGUGGACAAAGCUAACGGGUUCACGUACUUCUAUAAGGGCGGGGAGUACUGGAAGUUUAACAACAAUCUCCUGAGGGUAGAGCCUGGUUACCCCCGCUCCAUCCUCAAAGACUUCAUGGGCUGCGACCUGAUCCCCAUCGACCCGGGCCGGCCCCCGACAGACGAUGGCACGUCAGACGUGGUGAUCGAGCUGGAGGACGAGGCGGGUACGGUGAAGGCGGUGGCCAUCGUGAUCCCGUGCGUUCUGUCUCUCUGUCUGCUGGUGCUAAUCUACACUGUGGUGCAGUUCAAGAGGAAGGGCACGCCGCGACACAUACUCUACUGCAAACGCUCCAUGCAGGAGUGGGUCUGAGAGGGGGGUUGGGGGGGCUCUGCACAGACCCACCUCCUCCUGCAGGUGGUACCUCAGCCUGUGCCCAACCCCCAGGACUCACACCAGACCCUGCUGACCCUCCAGCAUAUGGUUAGCUCCAUUAACGGGGGGGGGAGUACUUUUAUGACUUAAAUUGGACUUCUUGCCCCCCCACCCUUUGACUCUGCUCUUAAUCAGGAUGGGACCUUACGGGGGGCCCCCUCCCCCACAGGGCACAGCAUCCUCAUUAGUCAUAUCAGGUUGUUGACAAAUCAGCAGUUUCAUAUUUUAUGACCUCCCCCCCCAAUGGAGGAUAAACAGGACCAACCGAAACGUUUGAUAGAGGAGCUCCUCACUGAUCCCUUUAACACAAACACUGACACACAAUAACACACACACUGACACACAAUAACACACACACAUGAUAACACAUACACACACAAUUACAUGCACACACAAAAACAAACCAAAUAAAACUCUCUCCAAAGAGGACCGCUUUGAUUUCUACUUUGAUUUCCCCAUCCACUCCUGUUAGAGGGGCGGAGUUCUGACCAUUUGAGGUGGAGCUCUGUCCGUUAAAGAGACAGGGCUCUGACCAUUGGAGGCGGGGCUCUGGAUGUUGGAGGAGGAGCUUUGUCCGUUAAAAAAAGGCGGGGCUCUGGCCAUUGGAGGAGGAGCUUUGUCCGUAAAAAAGGUGGGGCUCUGUCACCUAAAGAGGCGAGGCCAUUGACCACUGAAAAGCAUAGAUCUAACUGUUGGAGGCGGAGCUGUGACUGUUUUGGUGGUCUGUGUGAGACACGGGGCCAAAAGAUUUUGCUAUAAUGUAACUCGCCUUAAUUCUACAUCUUACUUCAUGUGCGCCGAGGUGUUUCUGUUUCUUUACUGCUCUUUUUCUUUGUUCAUAAAAGAAGCUGUGUGUGUGUGUGUGUGUGUGUGUGUGUG